UUUAGUCUCAUCCAUUUCGGUAACAAACCAAAAAUCAAAAAUCAAAAAUCCAAAAGCCAAAACUUUUAUCUCUUGACUCUAUUGUGUUGUUUGCUUGUUACUAUGAAGGAGAACGACUGUGAAAACAUGGUUUUUGAUCAUUCUUUGACGCCAAAAAAGCCCAAGUCAAGAAAAAUAAGUUCAAGAUAUCUCUCCACAACUUCAAAUCGUUCCAUUCUUGAUACUGAAAAUAAUAUAGUGCCAAAACCAAGAUCAUCCACUGAUUGUAAUAAGCUUAAAAGCCUUGAGAAUUCAGGAUUCAUGACUAAACUUUGGCCAUCUUCAAGUUCAACGGUCGAUACGUUUGCAAAUCAUUUAGGAAAUGAGAGGCUAAAAGACAUUGAAGAUCGAAAAAAUUGCAAAAAACCCAUGUUUCUUAGUAAGCAGAAGAGUUGCACCGAGUUUAGUAGAUUUGAGAAUGAAAAAGAAAAACGUCGAUCAUUCUUUGGUGGUAGGUACACGUACACUGGAAAACUCAAAUUUCCAGGGAGAUUUUCAACUUCUUCAAAGUUAUUGGAAGAUUAUAGUGAUCAUAUUGUCCCUGGAAGACUUUCUGGUGAUGACAACUCCCUUCGACAAAGAUCUAAUUCUGCUCGAAUUAGAUCAGAUAUGCGACAUGAAUCUGAUUCUGAGUACAGUAGUGAAAUUGGUUCAAACAACAGCUUUGAUUCUCCUGUUAUUCGGAGAAACUUAGCACCAUCUUAUAUGGCACCAACAAUGAGUUCAAGAAAGGCUGGAAUUGAAGUUCCUUCCAAGUAUAUGCAAGAAUCAUCAUCAAAAUCGUCGCCAAGAUGGAGUGCAGAUUCCAGUGUUCAGAAGCCAGUUUCAUCGGACACUUGUCCAAAAUUAGGACUCAAAUUCAAGAAUCCAAUUCAAAGGGCUGCUUCACUUAACAGUAAAACUUCUAAGUGGACUCUGUCACCUGGAAGGCCAAACUCUCCUCCUGUGUUGAUAGAAAACAAAGGGACAUUUAUGUCAAAUAUGAAGCCUCCGACGAGUCCUUCUAAGGGGAAAAAAGUUGGGAAUUUUCUUAGCAUGGGGCUUGAAUUGUUCAAAGGUAAGAAAUUUUCAGCAUCUCCUCUUCGGCCAGGCAUGACCGAGAGCGUUCAUCAGCUAAGGAUGCUUCAUAAUAGAUUGUUACAGUGGAGAUAUGUAAAUGCCAAAGCUGAUAAAGUCAAUCAAAAUAUAAGUAAACAGGCUGAGGCAAACUUAGUAUAUGCUUGGGAUGUUCUAAUAAAAUUGAGACAAUCUGUGGUACAAAAUAAGCUGCAGCUACAGAGGCAAAAGCUGGACAUGAAAUUGAGUUUUAUUCUUCAUGCUCAAAUUAAGUUACUAGAAGCAUGGGAUUCUAUGGAAAGGCAACACUCUUCAUCAGUGUCAAAAUCCAUAGACGGUUUACAAUCUGCAGUUUGUACGGUACCUCUUAUUGAAGGAGCAACGGUGGAACCACAAUCGGCUAUUAUUGCCCUUCAACAUGCCUCAGAUGUAUCUUCAUCAAUCAAGUUAAUACUAUCCAAUUUUUCAUCAGGAGCUGAGAAAACUGCUGAAAUACUCAAGGAAAUGGCAGAGGUAGCUGUACAAGAGAAGUUGCUGUUAGAAGAAUUCUUGGAGCUUUUCAAAAAUAUUUCUGCACUUGAGAGUCAAGAAAGGAGUUUAAAAUGCAGCAUUAUGCAAUUAAGACUGCAACAAGAACAGUACUGCAAAAAAGAGAAGGAUAUGGUAUCUGCUUAAUCAUUUGAUCUCAGUAAGCAAAUGCUCAAGGUUUUAACGCAUUCUCCUUUCAGGAGGCAGGAGCAAAACGUAAAUUAUUUGUUGAUUUUUUCAUUGUAUAUUAGUGAAAUACGCAGAAUUUUAGCCCUUGGAUGGCUCUUUCCCGGACCCUGUGUGAAUGCGGAAUGGUUCGUGCACCGGACUGUCCUUGUGUAAUUGUAGCAAAAUGACGUUAUUUUGUGCCAAGAUUUUUAAAACUCUUAG